UCAGUUGUGGUACCUCGCAAUUUUCGCUUGCUUGAGGAACUGGAGGAAGGACAGAAAGGCGGUGAUGGAACUGUUAGCUGGGGCUUAGCAGUCGAUGAUGACAUGGACUUGAAGUACUGGACUGGAAUGAUUAUUGGUCCUCCUAGAGUAAGUAGUAAAGACUUGGAUUGAAAGACUCAAACAUUGAUACUAUUGACGACGCAUUAUGUUCUAUCCUGUCUAAUGUCACUUCUUGAUUUUUUUUUUCACAAAGCUGCUGUGGAUUUGUUGCAUAUUUCCCUCAAACUUAAGUCUUCGAACUGUGGAAUCAGUUCAGCGCUGAUUUGUGCUACCCGGAAUGCUUAUUUCUCCAGUUAAUUGUUACACAUGCUGUGUGUUAUUGGAGUGAAAAUGUGACUUCUUCUUUAAUUGUUCCUGCAUCUUUGUAGGCAACCAAGCAAUGUAGUUGUUUGGUUGUCAACAAAUUGUUUACAGAUGUACAUUACGAACCCUCCAUUCAAUAAGUCCUUUCACUUUUGUUGAAGAAAAAUCGAACUUGCUAUGACACACUGACGGUUUGUUUCCACUUAAUGGCAUGUAAUAAAUUUAUUAUUUUUUUAUGUAUAAUAAUUUACACGAAAAAAUUACUCAAUUCUGAUUGGCUGAGAAAGGAGUGCAGUUUUUCUGUAACACGAUUGCAAAUUACAAAUGGUUUCUGAUUGGCUGAAACCACAAAAGAAACCACCAAGAACCAAUCAGAUUAGAGCUGUUUUCACAACAAAAUUCAAGAAAAUGGCCAUGGUUUUCAGCAGAUGACGACGGAAUUUAAUUAUCUAUGUAAAACAACAAUAGAAAGUUACAAAAAUAUUCCAAAAACCCGAACACAGUAAAAAGUAUACGUCUUUCUGGCUAAAUGUGUUGAAAAUACGGAGCUAAGACAAAAAUACAGUCAACAAAAUCGAGGAAAAUGAGCCAGAGAAACUAAAAAACAAGCUACUUUCCUUAACGACUACAAUGAAGCCGAUGAAGAAGAGCUACGGUGACUCUUGCAGUAGGCUAAAUCCCAGUGCUGAGAAAAAGCAAAUAUUAUAUUAAUACUAGUAGUUUCCGACAUCACAAGAACUGUGGCUCCACUCACUCAUCAAUGGCAGCGUCGGAAGAAAACAAAUCGCCUCCUUCACCUUGGGCUUUUAAAUCUCAAAACUUUCUCCAUGAAUCCUGCUAUGAUGGGGUCUCAGGAACAGACAAUGAUGAACAGUCAUUAAAAAACCUUAGCGAGUGUCUUUCAUCUUUGGCUGCUCGAAGCGUUCUCGGCAGUACAGUUUCAUGUAAACGCCGAGCUCUCAUAAUCGAGGAUGAAUUUAAAAACACUUACUUUUCCUGAUCAUUGUAAACUGAGUUAUCUUUAACAGGCUGGUGACCAUAUAAAAUCAAUCCUUGCACAUUUCCAAGUUCUUAACUUAAUGAUUUUGAAAGCGUUGGUCUUGAAAAAGUUUGAAUUUGACAAAGGUAGUAGUCUGUUUCAGCCAGUCAGUUGAAUGAACUAGAAAUGCCCGCGCUGUCAAUAUAAUUUUGUUCUUGUAGUUAUGUUUUUUUUGUAUAUUAUUAGUAUAAGUAAUCACAUGAUUUUUCUCAUGCAAUUUGGAAUAAAUAAGCACUUCUAAAUUUUUUAAAGAACUCAUUCUUAUUUAUUCCAAACUGCACUCGAAAUCAUGUGAUUACCUAUACUAAUAAUGCAAUGAUUGUUCAGCAUAUAAAACUCAUUGACUUUAAUGCAAAGUGUGAGUCUCUGGAAUUUAAUGUAAAAUUUUACUGGUAAAUCUCUCUUCUGUUCAUUUUUUAUAGGGCAGGUUCUUCACUAAAGCUUAAUCAUUUGGUAGUAUAACAUGCAAAUAAAAGGCAUCCUGUCACUUUGUUCCAUGGUCAGAUCACCAUAUAGUCAAAAUUUUUUAUGUGUCUUUAAGCCAUGAGCAGAAACAAGGCCGUUACUUGUGUGUAUACCUCGUUUUUUAAGCCAGUAAGCCAAAAAAAUGCACUUCACAUGUAUCAUAUUUUACACUGAAACUUUAAAAUGAUCUGACUACAAAAUGGAUCAAUCUGGCUUGGAAUGAUUUGACCUUUGAACAAAGUGACCAUAAACCAAAUUUUCCAUUUGUCUGAGAAGUGAUACCCUUUCCACCACCUCUCCCAAUUACUCCUCUCAGGGUGCAAAGAAAGUCAUGUUUUCAGUUUGCAGUUUGUGCUAAUUAUUGAUCGCUGUUUAUUGAUUCAUCACAAAAUCCACUAGUCUUGAGCUAUCAGACAAGACUUGCCUGCUGCACCCCUGUAAAUAUCAUUUCAAAACAAAUCCUAAGAACUUGUUGUACAGGUAGUGGGCUACUUUGACACAACAUGUUAUCUCUCUGUUUUACAAUAGUGUUAUACACAUUUUAGUCAAUGCAACCACUGUAGUAUCGGCCAAUCUGCUAUUUAGGUACUUUUGUAUUAGUGGAAGUUUAUUUUAUGUGAAACUUACUGCACUUUUCAAUAACAUGAGAACUCCAAGGUUCAAAAGCAAACUGAUGGUCUUGCUCUUCACUUCCGUCAAUGAUCUUAGUGGACCUCUCAAGCAACAGAACUUUACAACAAUGUACUUCAACAAGUUGAAACGUUCAUGGUUUGUGAUUUGCAUUUGGUGGAUUCUGAUCCAAUUUGUGUGUUUUUGUGUUUCAGGGUCUGUUGCUUGUGAUCAUAGACUGAUGGCAGUGAUAAACACAUUAUUGUUAAUUUGAAUGUUGAUGUGUUAUUGAAAAGCACAGUAACUAUUUCUGUCUUUUCUAUGUUCCAUGAUUUGUUUUUUGUUAAAUUCACAGUGCCCAUAUGAAGGACGAAUAUACUCCUUGAAGUUAGAGUGUGGUAAACAGUAUCCUGACCAGCCACCAAAAGUUUCAUUUGUAACAAAAAUUAACUUGUCAGGAGUAACUGCUGCUGGAGAGGUUAGUAAGCAAACAUGAAUUUUCUUAACAUCAUUUUGCACUGGCACUCUGGAGUUGCUGCUCCGGCGCAUAUAACGCAUCAACAAGCACAUCAAGCAAUUUGGUCGCUAUGACAAGACAGUAAAGAAAUGGGCAACUAAAACUGCAUUGAAAUUUUCCCGGUAACGUGUGAUCUGCAGUCAUAUGCCAAAGUGUAGUGAUUUUGUCAGUAAGUGUUUUAGGCCUUUUAAAAGUUAGAACAAAUGCGUGAAAAAUAAAAUUACUUUGAUUGUAGUUUAUGAAUUUGCCUCUUUCACCCUGGUUGCAGUUUGGGUAUUUUAAAAUCGUUUCAACGUCAAAUGCUCUUCAGUUUGAUUGCAAGGGUUAAGCAACCUUUUUGAUUUUCUCUGUAUAACCCUUCAUGCAGUAUUAUACAAAAUGUCCUUUUAUGUUUAGCCCUAGUAUUGACUUACAUGUACUGUGUGGCAUUGCAAGUUAUAAUAAUACUUGUAGAUUGGCUGUUGGUGAUUUGCUAUCCUCAGGAGAUCUGAGAUGUGUAAGAUGUUGUGAUUGUGGCAUUGUCGAGAAAAUUGUCCUUUUUGUUUUCAUAAAAUAAUUAUACAUACAAGUUACACUUCUUUGAAAAGGAACCUUUUCUUGGUACAAACAUAUUCUGUUGCUUUAAAGCAUUCUAACUGCAUAAUUCCAUUUCUUCCUACUUUGUUCUGAACCAAGCAAAAAUGUGUUUUUAUUUUUUAUUCCUAGCUUGACUCCAGGGUCUUUAAGAUUCUAACUAACUGGAAAAGGGAAUACUCAAUUAAAACCAUUCUUACAGAGAUUAAGAGGUAAGCUUGUGAUUCCCCAUACACUCCUGCUUCUUAUCCCUGACCAAUACAUUUGUACAUCUUUGUAAGGGGGAUUCAAAAUUUCAUAAUAAAUCAAAUUUAUUUAAAUACACGUACAAGCUAGAGGGGAUGCUUAUAUCUGGGGGUUUAUAAUCAGUACUUGUUUACUGAUAGAUGACCUUAUAACUUGGAGAGGCUUAUAGGUAAUUGGGAUGGGGGAGCGGGGGAGGGGGGUGCCGUUUAUGGUAAGUUAUUGCCUUGGGACUGUCACCAUGAGUCCAUGAUCAUUUUUGUCGGUGAUUUAGCUGCUGUCCAUAUCAUCAAGAUAUCCAUAAUAUUAAGAUUUCAGCAAUGCUGUCUCUACAACUGUAUGUUGAGUAGAAAAGGUAGAAAAAGGCAUUGUUUCAAUUUAAUCAAGCAUCAGGUCUCAAAAUACAUGUAAUGGCCAGUUAACAGACAAUAUUCACCCAAGAUGACCAUUUGUCUGGACAAAAGAUUGGUUUGCCAGUCAUUUUAGCUGGACACUUAAGCAGGUGACCAGAUGAAAAAACACACCAUACUUUCAAGUGGACAAGCUUUUUUCAAAUUUUAUAUUGUUUUUUCUUCUUUAGGCUAGUACAUUCAAGUUAUUAUCUUGCUAUUUUUAACAUUUUGACCGGGCAGAAGAGAGACAUGACCGUGCUAAAAAUUCUUGGUAGAUCAACAUGAACUGAACCAGCAACAGUUCCAAAUUUAUGUUGAGCCCUGAACAUGAGAAGGAAUGUGUCAUCAGCUAUACAAAUGCUGAGAAGAGGGAAUUAAUCAAGGUGUCUUCAUAUUAGAUAAAACCAUUGGUAGCUACUCAAAUGGUAAUUAAUUGUUGAAAAAAAAAGGCUUGUCUGUUUGUGUUUCUUUUUUCACGCAGAUCAAUGACCAGUAAAGAAAACUCAAAGCUUCCUCAACCUCCUGAUGGUACUACUUAUGUAUAG